AUGAAACCAAAAGAGGGCGAGUUUGGCUUAGAGAUUGUUGCUGAUAAAGAUGGCAAAUUUGGCGGGUUGGGUGAACAUCCUAUCCCACCUUCCAAAACAUCAAGCCUAGAACUGACCACAUCGACACCUUUACUAACAGUGACACUACCUGGUGUAGUCUCGACGUUGGGAGUCUCGACGUUGGGAGGUGCUUCUGCUGUCACGACAUCCAUUCCAAUCAUAGAGAUUCCAGUGCACAAGACAUCUGAAGUACCAGCUAUAACUACAAACGCAACAACCACAACCUUUACCCAUGCUACUGACAGUGAUGGCAUUGCCGUAACUGGAGAAGAACAAGUUGGAAAAGGCAGCACAAUGCCCACCGUCACAACUCCCGAAGCCUCUGGCGAAGAGCCAAAAACUACAUCUGGAACUAAAGAUUCUACACAUCGACCAGACAUCCUUCACACCCAAGCCAGAUCGAAACUGCGGGAAGAUGAAGAUCUCCUUGUGCAAAAUACGACAUUCUCUGCAUUUACGGACAUUAUUGGCGAGGUGGAGUUGACUGGAGAGGAUAAAGCCACUCCAAGC